AUGUUCAACGUCUCCCUCAGCGACCGCCUGAAAGCCGCGGUCAAUCAGCUGGAAGCGACCGGGACUUCCCUCCAAGCCCGCGCGCAAGCCGGGCUCGCAGCACAGCAGCAGCAGCAACAACAAGGCGCGGCCUCCCCCUCGACCUCCUCUGCCCAGCUCGCGACUACCGCUCGAGAUGUACCACUCCCAGCGUCCCCUCAGUUAGCGGGCGAGCCGCGCACCCCAAUCCUGGACAGCGGGGAGGCUGCCGCCAGUCCCACUCGCGCCGCGUUCAGUCCGGGCCAUCUGGCCGAAGGCGCGCUGAGCGGUCUACGGGGUCUCCGAGGCGGCUUCAACUUUUCCCGGACAUCUUUGGACGGUCAAAGGCCAGCUAUCUCGCCCUCGGCGUCGCCGCAGCUGGGUACAGCGGGAGAGGGGAAGGAGAAGGAGCUGCAGGAAAUACCUCAACCCCAACCCCAGGCGGGACCAUCCUCCCGGUCCACCUCGCCAGCGCCGAAUCGGCUACUCCAAGCUGGUUCCUUUCAGAUCGGGACGUCGUCCGACCCAUCGUCCGUGUCGGCGACGCCGCUCCGCGCUCGAUCACCCGGUCCUAGCCAUCUUCGACUCAGCCCUAGGCAGGCUGCGAUAUCACUACCACCUCCAAAUCCGGAAGAUCCGGCUUCGUACCCCCUGCCUCCUUCCCCUACCACCAGCACGACUCCGCUCCUUCCCCCCACCCCACGCUAUGCGGAUCCUCUGGGCGCAUCACCCAUAAUGGAGGCGUCAGCGGAUCAGCCGGUCCCGGUUCUAGGGGUAGAAGGGGCGACUCCGGAGGUGGAGAGAGAGCCGGAAGGGCUCGGGCUAGGACUCUCGGCGACCGGUGACAGCGAUAGGAGCUCUGCAGUUCGACAACCUAGUCUGGGCGAUACGAGUCAGCUCCAAACUCAGAUUCUGGCGGCGGACAAGAUUCUGCGCGACCUCACACCACUCGAAGGCGGCUUGUCCGACCCACAAGCGCUCGAGGACUGGGUCCGAAAUGUUACAGGGAAAGUGGGGAUCAUGGCGGAUGAGAUGAAGCGAUUACAAGCCAAGCUCGACCUGCAAGACUCUCGCAUGGAAGAGCUGCGGGAUACGCAUCGUCUCGAAUCAUCAUCCCAGACCGACCUCGUCUCCAAGCUUCGCACCCAGCUCUCGACGGCCGAGUCUAACCUAGCUACUCGAGCACCCGACCUUGCCGCGAUCCCCCAGCUCCGGAUGGACCUCUCCAAAGCACAGACGCAGGUCAAGGAGGAAGAGGAAAAGCGGACCAAGGCAAUCUCGCUACUGAAGACUGUGCGGCUAAAACUCGUCAAGGCUGAAAAGGACAAGGAGGAGGUGGAGCGGGACCGAGCAGAAGAGCGAGCAGAGCGGAGCAGGGCGAUGGAAGAGGUGGAGAGGGUCAAGGCGGAGCGGGACCGGGAGGUAAAUAGGUUGAGGCAAGGAUUUGAGAGGGAGUUGCAAAGCGCAAAAGAGAGGGCGGAGAGGGAGAUGAAGGAGAAGAAGGGCGCGUGGGAGUUGGAAAUGAUUACGACCAAGGCAGCGCACGCCAAGGAUAUCACGGCAAAGACGACCAUGGUGAAUGGGCUCGAAGCUAUCGUUCGAGAACUUAGCGCCACCAAGGACGAGCAAUUCCACACCAUCCAAGCCCGGCAGGCCGAGGCAGAAUCGGCGCGAGCAGAGUCCGAGACUCUCGCGAAUCGGACCAAAGAGCUCGACUUUCAGCUUCGAGAGGCGAAUGAGCGAAUCACUCUGCUCGAGGAUACGCCGAGGAUACCAGAUCGAGGUCGACCGCAGUAUCUCGACGCGGGAGAUCGCUUCAACUCCAGUCCGAGCCCGAGUCCGUCCCGCCAGAAUUCGGGCAGUGGGACUUCGGCGUCGGAAGUGCAGCGAUUGCUCGCCGAGGCGGAGGCUAGGGCGGAGGCCAAGCUGUCAGACCUGCGGUUCAGGGUCCGGUCUCUAGAGAAGGAGCGAAAUGAGCAAGAGGAGGAGUUUGGGCAAAAGUUGCAAGAAAGGGUGUUUGAGCUGGAGAAGCUAAAGAGGGCGGUACAGGAGAAGGCGGGCGAGAUGGCCGAGGUGGAACAAAGGGUGGAGAUCGAGAGAGGCAAUACGGCAGCCGAGGUGAAUAAAAGGCAAAAGGUGGAGAAGGAGUUGAGGGGGAUGGUGGCGAGGCUAGAAGAGGCCAAGGAGGACGUUGCUACCGCUCAGGAAGGAGAAAAAAUGGCCAAAGAUGAGCUAUCGCAAAUUAAGCUUCAGCUACAAACAUACAGCUCCCAGCUCGAAGAGCAGAAACAGCUCGUCCAGAAUCUUCGAACCGCCAACAAGACGCUCCGAGAGGAAAUGCGCAAAGUCCAGUCCAGCGUUCAGCUUAUGGAACGGUCGCGGAAUCCGGGGGUGGGGUACUGGUCUGCUUCUGCGGCUGCUGGGCCGAGCGGAGCGGCCACUCCUUCACCGGCGGCAAGGAGCGGAGAAGCCACUCCAAUCACUCCUGGCGAGAAGGGCGCUCCCGCUGCCGAAACGGGUGCGAAAGGUGCCGGACCGGUGUCUGCGCCAAAUGGCCAGAACGGGGCUGUGAAGGGUAACGAUGAGGAAGAAGUCAAUCUCGAGUAUCUCCGAAACGUCAUUCUCCAAUUCCUCGAAAACCCCCUGAUGCGGAGACAGCUCGUUCAGGUCCUAGCGGUCAUCCUUCACUUCACACCGCAGGAGCUUCGGAGACUGAAUGCCAAGAUCACAGCGUAG